ACUCUGAAUCCAGUAACCCGAGUUCAAAUCUCGGUAGAACCUCUAUUUUUGCUCCUCAAAACUCUCAAAUCCGAAAUAAAUUCUCGAUUUCAAAUUUUUUGUUUUUUCACAACUCGUACAUGUUCAAAUCUCUCUCUUUGUGUCUUCGUUUUGACACCAAAAAUGGAAUCAGAAAGCAAAAAAAUCGAAGAAACAGUGAUCGAAAUCUUAAAAGAUGCGGACUUGGAAGAAGCGACAGAGCUCAAGGUCCGAACCAUGGCCGCCAAGAGGCUCGGCAUCGAUCUCUCCGACCUCGACCACAAGUGGCUCGUCAGGCGAGUCGUGGAGUCGUACUUGGUUUCUUUGGAGGAAGACAAAGUCGAAGAACAAACCAAAGAGGUGGUCGUACCAGAACAAGGGUCGAAACACGGUUUUGAUUUGAAGGAGGCAAGUGAUGGUGGUGAGGAUCGGGUCAUUAGCAAGCUUUCGGAAAAGAGGCGUGUGGCAGUUCGUGAUUUCAGAGGGAACACUUUGGUUUCAAUUAGAGAUUACUUCCAAAAAGAUGGGAAGCUGCUUCCUUCUGGUAGAGGAAUUAGCUUGAAUGCCAAACAGUGGUCUGCCUUCAGGAAAAGUGUCCCAGAUAUAGAAGCCGCCAUUACGAAGAUGGAAUCACAGAGAAGAUCCAAAGGUGCUGGAAAACAAAUUGAGGCAGAUAUGUCAAAUUCAGUAACUGCUGUUGCUCAAGAAAUCAUUCCUGCAGAGACUAAGCGAAUUGAAGAAGAUAUAUCUAAUUCUGUCGCUGCUUCUGCUCCUCAACAUCAAGAACUCAUUCCUGAAGUGACUAAACAAAGUGAAACUGAUAUAUCUAAUUCUGUGGCUGCUUCUGCCCCUCAAUCUCAAGUACAAUUUUCUACAGAGACUAAACGAACUGAAGCUGAUAUAUCUAAUUCUGUGAUUGCUGCUGCCUCUCAACCACAAGGACUCGUUCCUAUCCAGACCACUCGUCUUGAUGGCAAAAAUUACCAUUGUUGGGUGCACCAGAUGGAAUUUUUUCUGAAGCAAUUGAAGGUUGCAUACGUGCUUACUGAGCCAUGCCCAAGCAUUGCCGUGAACCCAGAAGCAAGUUUUGAAGAAAUUGCUCUAGCCAAAGCCGCAGUGCAAAAGUGGGUAGAUGAUGACUACAUAUCCCGUCACACUAUCUUGAACUCUCUGUCCGAUCAUCUAUUUGCUCAAUACUCGAAGAAAACUAGGAGUGCAAAAGAGCUUUGGGAGGAGCUCAAAUUAGCUUAUGACGAGGAUGUUGGAACAAAGCGGUCUCAAGUCAACAAAUAUAUUCAAUUUCAGAUGGUUGAUGGGAUACCCAUUCUUGAACAAGUACAAGAACUACAUAUGAUUGCCGAUUCUAUUAUUGCUUCUGGAAUGUGGGUUGAUGAGAACUUUCAUGUUAGUGCCAUUAUUUCCAAACUUCCCUCAUCUUGGAAGGAGUAUCGCAUGAAGUUGAUGCGCGAGGAGUUUCUCCCUCUCAAAAUGUUGAUGUAUCGCCUAAGUGUAGAAGAAGAGUCUCGGAAUCGUGCCAAGGAAGAGGUGUCUUUAUUGAAGGCAGACAAUAAACUUGGACCGAAGACGAGAGAUAACAAGGUCAUAACCUGCUACAACUGUGGUGAGAAGGGGCAUAUUUCAAAAAAUUGUCACUUUAGGAAGGUUUUCAUCAGGUAGAAGAAAAAUGAGGAGAUUGAAGCAGUGCCGGUAGUUGCAGAAGCUAACACAGUUGAGGGAAUUGCAGAGUAGUUGAUUGAUGUUCAUUGCUAACAUAGUAAGGACACUCGCUCAUGAGCAUUUGACGGAGAGCUUUCUCUCAGUGAUGGUGCCUGAAUGUGAGGAUAGAGCUUGUUUCAACCGCUCUCCUCCUUGUAAAGUUGGGUUCAGAUACUGUUCAUUUCGUGCUUGUAAAGUUCUUUGCUGGACAGGUAUUUAAACUUAGGUCAUGUAUGAUAGUUCUGCCAUUGGUGCUGGGUAUUUUGCUGUAUAACAAGGUUAGAAUUCCAUCCCCAGCUUAAGGAUUAUCUUUCACUUUUAAGGCCCCCAUUUGGUGCAACUUAUCGGGGCUAUUUAUAGUCUUUUGUA